UGGUGGUUGGGCAGAAAGCAUUUUAGCUGCAUUUGUGGUGUUCCCCAGCCUGACCCUCACACGCUGUAUGAGUUGUGCAAACAGCAGUGGGAUGUGCAGCUUCAGGGACUUCAGGAUAAGCUAGAACAUCCAGCUGCUUGCAAGUUCUGGUAUAACAUGCUUUUCCUGUAGUGAACUGUAAGACGUGCAACUAUGGCAGAUUUCAGGACUGUCUCCAGAAACAGUUACUAGACGCUGUGCCAUAGCAGCAGUCCUUGUGCCGAAAAAAUUUUGAAUGGUUUUUAGUCGACUGAAAACAAGCUCAUGCAUCAGUCUAUCAACUGCCUGCUUUGAACAUAACUUGACCAGGAUGCAGCAAAGGCACAAACUCAAAUACAGGAAACUGAGUGUCUGUACAUAGCAAUGCUGUAUCAGCACUGGAUCUGAACACUCCAAAUGCAGAAAUGAUUUGGCAACUAGCAUCUUAUUGGUCACCCCUGGUUACACCCCUGAUUUUUGGUCUGCUUCUGCAGCCACCAGUCACACCGCUUUCCAUCAUCACACAGCCAAACAUUGUUCUAUUGAUGGCUGAUGACCUUGGCAUAGGGGAUGUAGGUUGCUAUGGGAAUGAUACUAUCAGGACCCCGAACAUUGAUCGCCUGGCAAAGGAAGGAGUGAAACUGACCCAACACAUUGCUGCGGCUCCACUUUGCACCCCCAGCAGAGCAGCUUUCCUCACUGGCAGAUAUCCCCUCCGAUCAGGGAUGGAUGCUAUAAAUAAUUACCGUGUUAUUUUUUGGAAUGCUGGCUCAGGAGGCCUUCCUCCAAAUGAAACCACUUUUGCCAAAAUACUGCAGAAGCAAGGCUACAGCACAGGACUGAUAGGGAAGUGGCAUCAAGGUGUUAACUGCGAAUCCCGCAAUGACCAUUGCCAUCACCCUUUAAAUCAUGGAUUUGACUAUUUUUAUGGGAUGCCUUUUACGCUAAUAAGUGACUGCCAACCAACAGAAACACCAGAGAUGGACAGAGCUUUUAGAAGGAAACUCUGGCUUUCUUCUCAAAUGAUUGGCCUCAUUGUACUCACUGCUGCCCUGGGAAGACUGACCGGCUUGAUUCCAGUCCACUGGAAAACACUGACCUGCCUUGCUGGGUUUAGUCUCCUGUUCUUUGUAUCCUGGUUCUCAAGUUAUGGGUUUGUUCGCUACUGGAACUGCAUUAUGAUGAGAAACCAUGAAGUUACUGAGCAGCCAAUGGUGACAGACAGAACUACAUCCCUUAUCUUGAGAGAGUCCAUUUCAUUUAUUGAAAGAAAUAAGCACAAGCCAUUCCUCCUCUUUCUUUCCUUUUUACAUUCCCACACCCCUCUCCUCACCACAGAGAAGUUCCUUCGGAGGAGCAGACAUGGUUUAUAUGGAGACAAUGUAGAGGAGAUGGACUGGAUCGUAGGCCAGGUUCUAGAUGCUAUUGAUAAGGAAGGUUUGAAAGAUACUACACUAGUUUACUUUGCCUCUGAUCAUGGUGGAUGGCUGGAAAGACAAGAAGACAAAAGGCAGCUGGGUGGCUGGAAUGGAAUAUACAAAGGUGGAAAAGCUAUGGGAGGCUGGGAAGGAGGAAUUCGUGUUCCAGGGAUAUUUAGAUGGCCAGGAGUGUUACCUCCAGGAACAGUUAUUGAUGAACCUACAAGCCUUAUGGAUAUUUAUCCUACAGUAGUUCAUCUGGCUGGAGGGGCAGUGCCUCAGGACAGGAUAAUUGAUGGCCGGGAUCUGAUGCCUCUACUGCGAGGAAUGGUUGCGCACUCAGAGCACGAGUUCCUGUUCCACUACUGUGGCAUUCAUUUACAUGCUGUGAGGUGGCACCAGAAAGACAGUGGAGCCAUUUGGAAGGCUCACUAUGUGACCCCUAUCUUCAGUCCUCCCGGAGCUGGGGCUUGUUAUGAUAGAGGUUUUUGCCCAUGUUUUGGGGAAGGUGUGACCCACCAUGACCCUCCAUUGCUGUUUGAUCUCUCACAAGACCCUUCUGAAGCCAAACCUCUCUCGGCUGACACUGAGCCCCUCUUUGACACUGUCAUAAGGAAGAUUGGAAGAGCCAUCGAAGAGCAUCGCAGGACACUGACUCCAGUCCCAGAGCAGCUCUCUGUGUACAAUGUGGUGUGGAAGCCGUGGCUGCAGCCGUGCUGUGGGACAUUCCCAUUCUGCUGGUGUGAUAAGGAAGGUGAUAGUAAACUUGCUGACUUUUAAAGGAUGGAAACAGAUACUUCAUCAAAAAUGUAUUUAGAUUAAGAGUGUUUCCUUUUGGGGUGUUGCUCAGUGGGUCAUUUUUUUCUCUAAAUGGAGCCUUUAUAUAGGAAUUGUUCCAGUGAAUGGCACAGUAUUUAGUAAGGGCUGGACUAUGGGCUAUGGGCUGGACUCCCUCAGGGAGGGCUUAAGAUAGAAGACUAUGUUUUAACUUGCAUCUGCUGACAACUGAAUGAAUAGUUCAAAUGCACUGAAGCAGGUCAAGAUUAGAUCUGUACAAGUAAUGAUAUAACUUAUGUUUUGAUGAUUACGAAUGUA